UGGGAAAUAAAAUGUCUCAUAAAUCAGGAAGGCUUUUCUUUUUUUGCUUUUGUUAAAGAAAUAAUAAAAGUCGAGUUUCCUUGUACGAUAUGGUUUGUGAUUUUUAUGAAUAUAAAUACAAAAUUUUUUGAUUAACAACCGAAAAUAACCAUUAAAAAUUAAUGUGGUUUUUGAUUUUCAUCUCUUUGAUAAAGUCGCCUGCCUUCGCAGCCAGAGUUCUUCUUCUUCUUUCGAGCUUUUUUCUGGAAAAUUCUCCCUAAUUUUUCUUGUUCAACACAAAACUUCAAGAGCUUCCCAGGGAGGAGGAUCCUAGCAAAAUCUUGUAAAUUUCAGGUCUUAGGAACUCACUGAUCUGCGAACUGUCCAAAACUUGGUUUAAUCAUCCAAAGAAUGGGUUGGUGCUGCUGCUGUUUCCCGAUUAUACCCGAAAGCUCAAGAACAAUAGACGAGCAUGUUCCUUUAUCUCGUGCACCUCCUUCCUCUGUAGUACCUACAGAAGCGGUUAAUAGAAAUCUGGCAUCUACUCUAUACACUGCGCCGCUUCAGCCUCCUCUUCCUGUUUCAUUCUCGCCUAGAAAUCUCCAAAUUCCCUCGAAACUGUCAACAACUCAGACUCAGAGCAACUCGAGCGAAGGAUCUCGUGGAAUCACGACAAACAGUGUUCCACAAAAGGAAACAUGGCCUGCUGAUGAUUUUGCAGAUAAUGAUCUAAAGAAGAAGAAUCGAGAAACCAUAGACGAGUGUCCAAUUUGCUUGGAAGAAUAUCAUAUUGACAACCCAAAGCUGCUCACGAAAUGUGGCCACAAUUUUCACCUUGCGUGCAUUCUUGAAUGGAUGGAAAGGAGUGAGGCUUGUCCAGUUUGUGACAAGGAAUUGGUACUCACUGAGUCAUAAUCAAGACAGAGAAAAGUACAGAAGAUUUGAUUAGACCGUCUUUAGGUGAUAGUGUGGUGGUGGUAUAUGAUGAAACGUUUGUUUGCUUCUAUUACAUUUAUAAGCUUUUGAAUUUCCUUUUGAUUGUUACCAAUCUUUGGAUUAUUCAUAUCAGACAAAAGACACAGAAAAAAAGUCUAGAAGACAUUAGCAUGCAGACAGAAAAUUACAUCUCAUUGUUUAA